UUGUUUUGAAUGCGGAACACUGUUUAGUAUGUGUUGUGAGUAGAAGAAAAUCCAUUCAUUCAUUCGUUGCUCGCCUUGUUCUCUCUUGCCUGUCCAGUGUUGUUGUGGCUGUUAUCACACUGUGUAAUCACAAAUUAAUAGUCAAUUAGGGCGUUUGGAAAAAAAAACUACUUAUAAAAGAAAGUUCUUUCGUAAUUUGGUUCUGCGCUGAUCGUUACAACCUUCGAGGCAGAAUUCAUUAGAGUGGACGAUGUUUUGUUAAAUCAAUGAAACAUCCGGAUUUCAAUCCGUCAAGGUGCUGAGUAAUCCCUCCCCUCAAGAGCAGCAAGACGACUAUUUGCCAUCGGAGUAAUAUUGAUUAGCUGUCGAGGAGCGGGCAGGUGAGCGAUAAGCUGUUGGGGCAGUAGUCAUUCCGAAAAAAACGUCGUAGUUUGUCGUCUGGUUGGCAGUGCUAGUGCGAAAUUUUGCUAAAGAAAGCAUCGUCUUCAUCAAAAUGUUGAGCUCCAUCAAGAAAUCGAUCUCUUCCGUGUAUCUGCUGUACGAGCUGAACACCUGCAUUUACAUGCUGGACCCGUGGGAGAAGAAGUUCAUCAAUGGUGUCAUUUUCAGCAUCCUGGCCCUGCUCAUCUUCUCCAGUUACGUGUACCUGCCGAGCUACACCCGGAAGCUAAUCAACGCCUUCAUGCCUACCGGAAACGAGCUAACGCUGGACCUGAUGGACAGCCACCACCAUCAGCAGCCGGUCGACUACGGCGUCAACUAGGGUUAGGUCUUCAACACUACACACACACACACACACAAAUUACCUUAAAUUCUGCUUAAAAAGGAAGUUUUACAGGAAUAGAACUUUUUUUAAUUAGACCAAUCAGCGAAGCAAAAGAGUAUCUCGCAUUUACACGGUUAAUUAUACUAUUAGACGGAAGAAGACAAAUUGCUAUUAGAAAGAGAGAGCUGUUAGUUGUUAGACUUUGUAGGUUAGUUGGGAAGUUGAAGAAUUUCAAAAACUUGAAAAUGUGUAUUUUUGAAUAAGGUGCUGGCUGCUAAAAGCGGAUAUGCUUGGAAGAUGAUUAAUAGAUCCCAUAACUACUGUUUCAAGUGAAAAAGUUUUCUAACCUUCUUCUAUUGGAUUGCUUCUAGCUGGUUAACUAGAAUAGAAUGUAGGGGUCUCCCCGGGAGCGACGACCAAAGUGGCCGUCGCGCGUUUGGAGCCAUGUGAAAUUAGGGCUGUUUUUAUCGUAAGAUAUACCUUUCGUAAUCUGCUAGUUGAUUGCUAAUCAUUUUGUAACAAUGUUUAAAUAAAAAUGUAGCUAAAUUUAAUGAUUGAUUGAUUGCGUACUUUAUAAAUCCCACUCUUUAUAAACCCUUAAAUUUAAUAAAAAUCUUUUUACUACAA